UGUAAACAAACUUAUUCUUUGGUUAGUGGGGGAUGUACUGAUAUCACAUGUGCUAGAGUCACGCUUUUCUAUAAUGUCAUAAAGGUGCUUGGUGAUCACAAUAGAAAGUGACAUUAACUGGUUAAGCACAGUGAGCCUGCAUGUGUUUUUCCCUGAAAUUCUCACCCAAGGUUUUUACUACAAGCAGGAACAGAAUGCAGUGCCAGGUAAGUGGGUGGAAAAGCCUGAGGGCAGUAAGUACUAGACCAUUUUCAAACAUCUUACAGCAAGGCCAGGAAAAUAUGGAACAACACAUGAUAAAUUAGUGGGAGCCAAAUUCUGCAUCAGGGAUGGUGCCAUUCUGCUGAAUCUGAUGCUGUGUGCGCUUUGCUGCCUCACAGUGAUGACUGUUCUUCUGUAGAAGCCCAUUGUGCUUGAGCAGCUUCUAAAUGGAUGGAAACCUCCAGAAAAUCUAGAUCCUUAGUGCUGGCUGCUGCUUUAUGAUGAAAAAACAAAAGGCUACUCACCCCUUUGGAUGUGAGUGGUGCAAUUAGUAAAGCAAUGUAACAAAAUGAUCGUGUAGACUUUCCUUCUGAACAAUUCCUCCUAAACCACCACUGAUAUGAAACAAACUGAAGUACCAAAGACCAGACAGUGUGGGCUUCCUUCACACAAGAGGUGAUUAUAAAGUAAAACAGAGAUAGAAUGGUCUUUUUGGUCUUCUUUCUUCCCAGUAAGAGUUAGGAAGGCAUAGAACCAACCUGGUGUGCCUAGAUGCAACUGAAAGAAUGCAUAUUUUGCACCUGAACCUACUAUUAUAUUUGUAUUAACAUUAAAUCACUGAAGUAUUUUGUUGUAAUCAGCUGUGAUGCUGAAUCAAAAAUUGAGGCUCACUUUGAAGCCCCUAUACACACACAUAUUGACAGAUACAUAUAUAUAUAUUUACAGAAAUGUGUUUUACAUACACAUCUAUAUUAUGUGUGUGUGUACAAAAAUAAUUCUUAGCUAUCAUGUCUCACGCUAAGCAUGGCCCUUGCGUACGGGCCUCAUUCAGACACAAACACAGAGCGUCAGCAGUCCCUUCCCCCAGUGUGCAUGUGGUAUCGGGCUUGAUCUGGCCCGUCACUCAGCCUCCUUGGUGCUGUAUCUGUUACCCUUGGGAAGGGGCUACCCAUAAACCUGCUUUGGCUGCUGCAGAUGAGGUGUGAUGAGCCACAGUCCUCAGAACUGUGGGUCCUGAAGACGCUAUACAACUGCUAGACCCCGUGGCACUCGCCAGGGGAGCACACCCUGCAGCUCUGUAUUGCCUCUGCCAAGUAAACGAAGCCGUUUAUUUUGAAUCACAAAUCAGUUCUUCACCCUGUUCACGUACUGUAUAUGUCUCCAGAUGAAUAGUGAGAGUUUGGCAUCUGCUUCUAACUGAACCUUCUGUGAAGUGCAAUCUGCAGUUGAUCGGAGUUGCUUUAGAUUAUGGAAAAAACGCCCACAUUGCCAAGUUACACGAUUGAGAUGUGAGUAGUUGUCAGCCAGAUUUGACAGCCUUUGCUUUGACGUAUGUUAUGCAUUACCUAUUAUUAAUAACCACACUGGACUAGGUCCAAAGUUAGUGUCUUGGCAUUGUAGAAAACCACGCUAGUCUUCACAGCCCAAAAGCACUAAGGUACUGUUUUGUCAAGCGGAACCACCAGAAAAUACCCUGGCUUUACUGUACUAAGGAACGUAGAGCUGCUUCAUAGAUCCGUCUUAAUUCCGAGUUGAAAAUCCACCAGAGACAAAAUAUUGAAGAAAUACUUAUUAUGAAUUCUUCACCUUUGUGUUGUUUAGUACUGGGGUACCUGCCAUCAUGCUCACCUUCACAGCCCAGACAAAAAAGGAAUCUUUUCUUCAUCUCGUAGCUUUAUUGACCAGAGGGCAUAACCUUGCAAGUAUACCUGUGUUUAAUGCCGCUCAUAUCCCUGGGAGUUUGUAACUCUGAACUACAUGUAGGGAGACAUAGAACCUGAGUGUGUGAGCGCUAUAGAAGAGCUACUAGUUGAAAUUUAGAUAAUAAAGUGAAUAAUAUGAACUGACUGUUGUUUAUGAUAGCUUUGGGAGGGCACAGGGGAACGUAACCUGUUGCUGCCUGGGAUGAAAGAGCAGGCAGUUUCCAGCACACAGAAACCAUGGACAAGCCUGGUGCGAAGAUUCCCUUUCUGAGCUCUGCUGAGCCUCUGUUUGCUACUUGUUUGCAGAGAAGCUGGGAUUGUGAACGGGCUGUUGUUCCGUGGGGAUGCUGAUAUCAUUCUUAGGUAGCCGGCCUCAUCCAAUGCAGGGAGAGCAGUCUUCAAGCCAUCCAUCUGUAGGCAUCACAUCAGAUCAGAUUAAGACAGCGGACGCAGAGGUAGUGAAUUUCUGUAUUGAAGUCUCAGGCUUGCCACAGGCUGAAGCAACCUUCCCGUGAAUCUUGGUGUCUUAAUGCUUUCUGCAAAAUGCAGCCGCUUGCCCUGAAAAGCUUGCACCUGGUUGCAGAUAGAGGGAAGACCUUGAUGGUGAGGGAUAAUUAAUGCAUGACACCCAUACGUCUGCAACUACAGUGGAUUUUAAAGGUAUAAAGCUUGUGACAUGAGAGAGCUGUUAGCUCUCCUCGACAGGGUCUUGUUGAAUCUCUCCAGGCUGUGGCAAACAUAAGGGAUUUGUGGCUUGAUUAUUUUUAUUAUUUUUUUUUUUAUUAUUCUCUCCUUCAGGUUUAACAUCCUUCAACCAGGGAUACACCUAUGUAUUAAGCAAUAAACUCCAUUCCUUUCCUAGGAACAUGAAGGAAGGUACUGCAAAGACCUCCCUGGGGAGGUGAGGAUGGCUAGGGGCAGCCAAGGAUGGGAAUGGCUCACAUGCAGUGACAGCGCUGCGGUAAGGAGGGUUUCGGAGGAGGCUGAGCUCAAGCACCCAGGGACUUCAGGCUCAGCAGAGAGGGCUGGGAAGGUGCGCAGGGGAGCUCUGGGUGCGCCUACAGCUCGAUGGCGAGAAGCUUCCCUGUGGCUGGGAGCGCCUGGCCAGCAGCGUUCCUGCUGUUAGAGCUGAUGCUGAAUUGCUCAGCGGCCGGCAGAGCAGCGGAAGGCUCACAGCACCAUCUGCUGGGACUGCCUCUUGGUCCCACAGCUGGAGGGGACUGGUGUCAUUUCCAUGGCAAAUCCAGGGUAAUUUCCCCAUUUCCUUAAGUAUUGGAGAGCCAGCAGGCAGCUGAACGUUCUCCCAAAGAAAGUUUUGCCAGGAAUGGAGAAAAAAAAAAAAAGGUUUUGAGUAUUCACUGAAUCGAUAGCAUUUUUUUGCACAGGUUCAACUGACCAGCAAGCAAGAGCGUGUCAUUUGAGCGCCUCUUUCCUACCCCCCAUCGCUUUUUCUCCGUUUGUCCUUUUCCCCCUCCCGGUCCCGCUGUCCCGGGCGGCGCAGGGGCAGCGUCAUGGCCGUGCUUCCCGCUGGGAAUUCCCGUCGCUCAAGGCCGCUGCAUCACGCUGAAGGUGCGGGGGAUAUUUUGCCAAUAGCCACCCAUUGCAACGCCCGGGACGCGGCUGCAAGCUGGGAGCUGCUCUGGCACCGCUGCUUUCCUGGCUGCCGGCAGGAAUUGAUGGAUGCCGGGAUAAUCCCCAAAGACCGGCCGGAUUCCAGCCGUGCCGCUGCGGCUAUCGAGCUGCACCGAAGGGGCGAGCGGCCCCGGGGCAGCCCCUCCUGCCCGCGGGAGCCCCGCUCCGCUCCGCCCGGCUCCGCGCUCCGGGUUUCCGCGGCGCCUCCCGCGCCGGGCCCGCUCCGUGACGCCGCGCUCCGGGUUUCCCCGCCGGCCCGCGCCGGCCCCGCCCCGCGGCUCCGGUUUCAGCCGCUGCUACAGGGACCCCCAAGAUGGAAACGCAGGGGCUGCCCGCCGCGGAGGCGGCCCGGGCCCGGCCCGGCGCCCAACAUGGCGGCCCUGCCGCGCCGCCCGCCGCCCCGCGCCGCCCGCCGCCGCCGCCCGCCUGGGAACCGGCGGCCACGGCCGCCUCCUCCUCCUCCGCCGCCAGCACCGCCGCGUCGGGCCUCUACGUGAGCUUCCCGGUGCUGCUGGUGGAGGAGAAGCCGGAGCCCGGAGCCGGCCCGACGCCCAGCCCCUGCGCGCCGCCGGCGGGGCCCGCGCCCGACAACGACGGGCUCCUGCUCGUCUUCAACGUGGUGCGCGGCGCGGCCGAGGCCGGCCCGGGCGGCGGCGAAGCGGGGCGCGCCCAGCCCGGCCCGCCGCCCGCCGAGCCGCCCGAGGAGGCCCCCGGCUCGGCGCCGCCGCCACCUCCUCCCCCGCCGCCUCCGCCGCUGCCCCCCGCCGCCGGCGGCGAUGGCGGCAGCGCGGAGGACGGCUCCUUCUCGGGGACCAUCACCAUCAACAACCAGAGCCUGGUGGUGCGCAUCGAGAACGGCGUCCUGACGCUGGGGCCCGGCGCCGAGCAGGCCGCGGGGGCCGCCCCGCCGCCGCCCGCCCCGCCGCCGCCGCCCGCCGCCGAGCCGCCGUGCGGCCCGCGGCCGCGCUCCCCGCCGGCCUUCCCCUGCCCGGAGCCGCGCUGCGGCGAGGCCUUCCCCCGCAAGCAGCAGCUGCGCCUGCACCGCCUCUCGGCGCACGGCGGCGGCGGCGAGGACGGGCGGGGGGCGGCGGCGCGGCCCUUCGGCUGCCCGGUGCCGGGCUGCGCCUGGUCCUUCGCCACGGCCUACAAGCUGCGGCGGCACCUGCACUCGCACGACAAGCUGCGGCCCUUCGCCUGCGCGGCGCCGGGCUGCGCCAAGCGCUUCACCACCGUCUACAACCUGCGGGCCCACAGCCGCGCCCACGAGCAGGAGGCGGCGCACAAGUGCGAGGCGUGCGGGCAGCGCUUCCCCAGCGCCGCCCGCCUCGCCGCCCACCGCCGCCGCAGCCACCUGGAGCCCGAGCGGCCCUACCGCUGCGACUUCCCCGGCUGCGAAAGGACCUUUAUCACGGUGAGCGCCUUGUUCUCCCACAACCGAGCCCACUUCAGGGAGCAGGAGCAGUUCUCCUGUUCCUUCCCGGGCUGUAACAAGCAGUACGACAAAGCCUGCCGGUUGAAAAUCCACAUGAGGAGUCACACAGGGGAAAGGCCUUUUAUCUGCGACUUUGAAGGUUGUGGCUGGUCUUUCACCAGUAUGUCCAAGCUGCUGAGGCAUAAAAGGAAACAUGAAGAUGACAGGAGAUUCAUGUGCCCAGUAGAAGGCUGUGGGAAGUCCUUCACAAGAGCAGAACACUUGAAAGGCCACAGUAUAACUCACCUCGGUACAAAACCAUUUGAGUGUCCAGUAGAAGGCUGUUGUGCAAAAUUUUCAGCACGGAGUAGUCUCUAUAUUCACUCCAAAAAGCAUCUUCAGGAUGUGGACUCAUUAAAGACUCGUUGUCCUGUAUCCAGCUGUAAUAAACUGUUCACUUCCAAACACAGUAUGAAGACGCACAUGGUCAAACAGCAUAACUUCAGCCCAGAUCUCCUAACUCAGCUGGAAGCAACAAGCUCCCUCACACCCAGCAGUGAACUCACUAGUCCAGGACAGAGCGAUCUCAGCAACAUAGACCUUGUAUCCCUGUUCUCCAACAUGUCUAGUAACAAUUCUGGAAUUGCAACAGACAUGGCGCUAGUCAAUUCUGGAAUUGUCACGAUCGAUGUUGCUUCGGUGGGCUCAACGCUUGGGGGAAACCUGCCUGUCACUAACAGUUCUUUAAGCCAGGCGGUUGAUCCCUUGAUACUGGUGGCUAGCAGCGAUAUGCCGCAGGGCCUGGACAGUUCUCUCUUGCUGGGAAGCAGUGCAACAGUUCUACAGCAAAGCACUUUAAAUUUGGAUGAUGUACAGACUGUCAAUGCAGAAGCCUUGGGUUCACUAGCAUCUCUGUCGGUGAGGAAUUCCAGUCAAGAUAUGCACGGUUUGACGUCCAGCAAUAAUUUAACAAUCGACACAGCCACUUUGACUCCUUCUAGUAGCCUCGGCGGUACCAAUGUGCCUGAGUUACUGACGCCAACUAAAGCUGAACGGAAUUUGCUUCCUAGCUCGGAUGUUGUUGGUCAACAAGAGGGCAGCAAAGUAGUGACACAGUUUGUCUUCUCCAACCCUCCAGGGAGCUACAGUGCACAGAAAGAAAUGGAUCUUGGCACAGUGACUGGCAGCUCAUUUUUGGAAAGCAGUGGCUCUGCGAGAACAGACUACAGAGCCAUUCAGCUAGCCAAGAAAAGAAAACAGAAAGGGAAUGGGAGCAGCACAGGGGCAUCUGGCUCUGGUCAGAGAAAAAGCAAGGGUGGUAAAGUAAGCCCUACCAACUUCUCAUCAUCUACUCCUGGCAGUCGACUGGGUGGCAAUAUAGUUCUGCCAAACGGAGGGCUGACAAUAAGGGACCCUGCCACUGGAGCCCAGUAUGUGCAAAUUCAGCUUCUUCAGGAUGAUUCUCCAGGAGAAGGAGAUCUGCCCUUUCAACUGAGCUCUCAGUCUUCCUCAUCACAUUCUCAGCUUACAGUGGAUUUACCUGUUCACAUACUUCAGGAACCACACAAUUCUACUGAAGAUGAUGCAGGUUCUGAUAACUCUCAGUUCACUGGAAGCACAAUAAAUUUACAGGAUCUGGAAUGACCAUUGUUAAGAACAGUUACUUGAAAACAAACUGGGCAAUCACGUCUUGACAGAGUGAGAUAAAUGUGUGGGUCUUUUUCCAAGGAAAAUAUGAAAACUAGGAGUACUGGAUUAUAGUUGCACUCUUUGCAAUUUGCUGAGGACAGUUGCAACUGAAAGCUUUUCUUAAAAAAUGUAAAUCCCACUUGAUGUGCCUGUGUAAGAUACCCUGUCUGCCUGGUGGUGGGAGAAACUGGGGCAGACUGCCGUACAGUGUUGUUUCAGGGAGAAGUACUGUAUUAAACUUCAAACUGAGGUAAUAUUUACUGUUUUCACAGGAAAGCAAGUAUUCUACAGCUAACAAGUACAAAUUUAUAAUCCUGCCUAUGACAGUUAAAACUUUCCUUCCACUGGUCUCCUGCUGGAGCCAGUGGCAUCAAGGAAUUAAGAGCUAAAAUUUGCAAGUGGUUUAUAUACACACACACACACACAAAUUGUUUCGGCAGAAAACGGGAAUAAAGUGUCACAUGUAACAAAAUUAAUGUCCUAUGCCAUGAAAAUGAGAUGCUCUAAAAUCUUUGUUUUAGAAAGCUAGAUUCUAAAUGUUAACUUAGCUGUGAAUCAGUUUGUAGCUCAUGUUGAGUUUCUCCCUUUCCUUGCUCCUGCAUCCCAAAUACUUUGCUGAAUUCUUCCAGCAAAACUUGAAAAAGAAAACUGCAAUAGAACUGUACUCACUGUAAGAGAUUAGCUAAGACUCCAACAGCAUCUGAGAGAGGUUCGUUUUAUCUUUGUGUUCCCUUUUUUGGGAAGAAUGUUGACCGUCACGUAAAUUUAAGCACCUUGAUUUUAUCUCAUCUAUAAACUGCUGCCAAGUUACCUGUAAA